GGGCGGAGGAGGUGCCGCCUCGGAGCCCCCGGACGCGACCAUGUCGGAGGUGCUGCCCUACGGCGACGAGAAGCUGAGCCCCUACGGCGACGGCGGCGACGUGGGCCAGAUCUUCUCGUGCCGCCUGCAGGACACCAACAACUUCUUCGGCGCCGGGCAGAACAAGCGGCCGCCCAAGCUGGGCCAGAUCGGUCGGAGCAAGCGGGUUGUUAUUGAAGAUGAUAGGAUUGAUGACGUGCUGAAAAACAUGACCGACAAGGCACCUCCUGGUGUCUAACUCCCCCAGAGACAAUGAGUUGAGGGAAAGAAUUAAGAACAGCGGCAGGCCGUAACAGAUUGGCAAAAAGAAAAAGAAAGUACUUGGAGAUGUAUUAUUAGCUUGCUACCUACCGAUGAAAUCAACAGCCUGUAUCUCGUGUCAGGCCGGGAGACAGAUGAGGUGUGAGGAGGAGGAGGAGGAAGAGGAGGAGAAAGCACUGGGCUUCUCUCAAAAUUUAAAAAAAAUUAAAAAAACCACAUAAAACAAAAAAUUAAAAAUCACUAUAUACACAUAUAAGAAAUAAAGAAGUCUCCGUUGCAGCUAUGUCAGAAUUCAUAUCUAUUUCCUUUUCUAUAUGGUGAAUAUUGCUCAGUGAUAGAUCUUGAUUUGAAUCCUUUCAUGAAGUAGCAACGCCACGUGUUCGGAGGUGCUUGCAUUCUUCCCUGAUUUGGCUGUUCCGGAUGUUUACAUUAUUUAAUCUUGCAAAAAUGAUUCUGUGCACUUGGAUGUGACAUGCUGUCCAGUUUUAUUUUUUUUAAAUGUAGUUUUAUUCUUGGAUGUACAAAAACAAUGGGAACAUGAUCUCUGUAGAUACUGUUUUAUUUUGGUCCUCUUUUGAAGUUAACAGGAACGUGUCUCAAACCAGAAGAUGAUAACUUUUGUAAGGAAUGGUGCAUAGACAGAAUCCGUGUUUUAUUUUCAAAUGAAGUGUAAAGCUUGUGUUUCUUGGUUUGCUGCAAGCUGUUUGCCCAAGUUAAUACAAAUGGACACAUUUUAUAUGUCUGGGAAAAAAAAAACUCCCCCAAAAAACAAAGAAAAAAUGCUUGAGCUUUUUCUAACCUCCCUCUGCAGUCUGUUGUGUGAGCCGCCUGUUUUCCCCCUAAUAUUGUGUCAGUUUAUUCUCUUUAAUGGACUGUAAAAAAAAAAUGUAAUCACAAGAGUGCCAAAUAUCUUGAAAUGCCAAAAGGCAUUUUGGUUUCUUUUUUCCCCCUGUGCUCUGAGUCCACGUAAAGGAAUGCUUGGAGUGUCUUUUCUGUUAUUUAUAGGGAUUCUCUUAAGACACACCAGCUGCCUGUUUUGCAUGGUAUUUGCAAAAAUGCCUCUUGCGUGAGGAAUCUUUUACCAUUUUUUUUUUGUUUGUUUGCAACUUUUGGACCCCCUCCCCAUUCCCUUUCCAGUUUCCUCUUUUCUUAAUUCUGUAUGUUGCACCUUGAACCAGCACACAGGGCUGUUUCUUCGAUGUAUAAUAAAGAACUGUUCCUGUGUC